AUGGAUUACGAUGAGUUUAGCAAUGACAACAACCCAUUUGCAGGCUCCAAUCACUUUUACUCUAAUGGGAUAAGCACAACCACUGAACAUGUAGAGCCACAAGACAGCAACACCAGCGGAGCUAGUUUAGGAGUCCAAUCUGUGGAUAGCCAGCCUCUUGUCAGUCACAUAUCAGCUCAAACUUCGGAUAAUACAAACGUUGUGAUUACAAACUAUGAAGUUUUGCGAGAUUUCAAGAACAUCACAACAGUAUACUACAAAAUAGAAUACAUGUCCAACAGCGUGUUGCGCCGCUACACAGAUUUCGUUUUCCUUCGUUCUCACCUCACAAAACUGUUUCAGGCGAAAGUGAUACCACCAAUUCCAGAAAAACAUUCGCUGGGGCGACUGAUCAAGAAUCCAUUCACCUACAAAUCAGACACAAAGAUAAUAUACAGACGAAUUCGACUACUUCAGUACUUUCUCACAGAGCUUAUAUCCGAUCCUGAAAUUAGACAAGCGGAAGUUCUUGUCAGAUUCCUGGAACCUUCACAAAGAAACUGGCAUCAGGUGGUAAAGUCUGGGCAUGUUGCCAGCUUAUCUUCGAAAUCUGUGCUGCUAACUUCGCCCAGAAAUCCAACCAUACCCAACCCAUAUUUAGUCUACCUACCAAUCCCGCCUCUUGGACUUGCGACGAAGUACAAUUCAAGCCUCAAUUCACGGAUAUUUGUGCCAUUGGAGAAAAAGACUAAGCUUUUGUUGCAAAGAGUCCAGGGGCUGGAACAAAUAUGCAAAAAACUCAUCAAAGAUUUUGAAAAAAACCGCUUAGCCAUGGUCGAACUUGGCGGAUUCUUCAAUAUAUUCAGUAUCUUGGAGGAUCAACAGAAAUAUAUCGAGGAAUUUGGAAACAAGAUCGAUUUAACCUUUUUGAAUAUUGAGAUCUUAACAAAGUCCAUCACAGUCAAGAUCUACGAACCAUUGAUUAUAUUACGCCUUACGUUAGUUGCGAUUUUACGUCUACUUCAUUAUAGAAAGCUUAAAGAGUUGCAAUUAUCCCAUCUGCAAGAAAUCAUUGUGAAAAAGCAGAUCCGACUUAAAAGUUUGAUAGAACGAGUGACAUCAGAGUUUAAACUCAACCAGGUGUUGCAUGAUAAUUCUGUCGAUUCUCCAAGCCUGAACAGAGCAAUAAAUGAGCUGAAAAUGAAAAAGCAGAAGCGCAAACAGUUGGACGAAUCAUCUCUUAUCAUAAUCAACGAGCAGCUGCACAAGGACAACGACGAUGAAAGCUUCAUCAGAGAUCACGAUAACAAUUCUACACUGGAUAAAAGCAAUCAGGGGAACUGGAAGACAGCCAUUGCCGGAACAUCUUCAUCUGCAUCAUCAAACAAGAUUCAUGCGAGAUCCCCGUCUAGCCACAAAUCGGUCUCAAAAUUAACGCCCGAAGAAUUAGGGUCAGAAAUUUCUACAGCUCGCCUAGAGCUCAGCGAAAAGCUGACUCCAUGCUUUACAAACCUUAUGCUUGAUGUGAAGUUUAUCAGUAUUGAGGUAGAAAAGAAUGUCAACAGUCAAUUAGCCAAGGUGAUUCAAAAGCUGUACGAUAUCAUGAAUGACUGGCAAAGUGUGGUUUUCAUUGAAUUUGCGCAUAGCUGCCUCAAAAUAUGGAGUAAUGAUACAUGCCUGAGUUGA